GCCAGCCAAUCAGUGGAUUCUCUUCCGGAGCCCAGUUAACAUGCGUUGGAUUGUACUCUUAGUGGCGGUCCUGGUGGCCGGGAGCCUGGAGCUGCCCUCCGUCGCCGCGGAGAAUGGCCAGACAGAGCACCAGGUCAGCGAGGAGUGGAGCUGGCGGGAUAGCGACGGCAACAAUGGAUCCGGUAGCUCGGAGUACUCCUAUGUGGAUGACAUGCGGAAUGUGGAGGACUACGAGGACGAGGACGACCUGGAGGAGGACGAGGACGAGGACGAUGGCGAGGAUGACUUUGACAACGUGUCCGACUUUGAAAUGGACGACAACGAGGACGAGGACAGCUGUGAGUAUAGCUGUCCCCGGUACUAUCGUCCGGUAUGCGUGCUCCGCAACGGUCACAUGGUAACCUAUGCCACGCCAUGCGAGUACCACAACCAGGUGCGCUGCUCCAUCGUCCAGAAGAGUCGAGGUGGCGCGAGACCACCGACCUUUGAGUUCUGGCACACUGGAAGUUGCGCCAAAAAAUCAUCCUCUUAGGAACAUAAAACACAAACUAAUUAGGAAA